AGAUUGGAGUUCCGACUUUCGUGUUGGUAUUCAAAGCUCCUGCUCAAAAUUUGGACUUUUUAAUCGCGAAUCUAAUGGAAAAUCAUUCCAAAGACAAUUCCCGAAAUCUGUAGUGCGAGAGUGUGACAGUGUUUAGUGAAUUAGUGGGCAAAAUUGCCGAGAGUGCUCGUAAAAACACGCGAAUCGUGAAGCUGUGACAGCCCAGCGAACCAGCCGUGUCAGCCAUUGGAAAGGAUCUCGCGUGUUUAUAUAGUGUCGUGGAAUUUCGCUUUGUGACAAAAGCGAGGCCAAGUCUGAAGUAUGCUAAUAUCCUGAUUGACUCGAACUGCUCAGAGUGCGAGGUAACAUGUUCAUCAUGAGUAGCAGAUGACUGUUAGCCGAGCUAGUGCUCAGUUGACUUUAAUAUGAGCGAAGUAAUAGCUGUCCCAGUGUCCGAUGCUGGACAAAAUCGCCAAGAAAGCCUCACACAUAUCAAAAGGAACAAAUUAGCCAGCUGCAAUGUUCCCCUCGUACAUGGCAGGCCAAAUCCUCCGGCCAACAUCCGGAACAGACUAACAACUCAUCAACGAAACCAUAGCUUGGAUUUUAGAUCCAUGGGUAUUCUCUUGCCACCCGUUCCUCAGGCGAACGUCACCCUCACUCUGCACCACAGGAAUCGGAGUUUGGAUUCCGCCCUGCAACGAAUACCGGAAGUGGACGUCACUCCAAGUCCUGAAUGCGAAACGAGUCCAACCCCAGCGACGAAAGCUGCUUCGUCGAACAAGUCUGGCUGCAGAGAGCGAGAGGACCUCGCAAGUCUGGGUUCCGAUGACUCCGGGAUCCUGUGCGGUUCAGACAGCGGUUCCAGCGACACGGCAAACGCCACCACCCGGGAGUCGAGUGUUGAUCAUCUUCACAGUCGCGAGAGUCUGGACUCGUCGCUUUCCCAGGGCGGCGACCUGGACGCGAUCGACGUCGUCGACGGCGACGGUAGUGUCAUGUCUGGGUCUCCAGUUGAAAUUGGACUCACUGAUGAUCUGAUGAUGAAGGGUCUUCGGAACGGUGACUGUGCCCACGAUGAUAGUGAUCGUGAUGAUAGUGAUCGUGAUCGUGUGGCCAAAGAGUUGCUUGCAAAUGGCAAGUGUUCUCCAAAAAAACUGCUGCAAACUUGUGAAUACAUUGCCAAAGAACUGCGGGACAGUCAAGCCGAGAGCAAUGACUUUCAAGUGCAACGCGCAGUUGUGGUGCAAAAUGAGUUGGCAGGAGCUGCCAUGACCUUGUGCUGCGGCACGGGGCAACCUGAGGAAGAAUUGGUGCAGGAACAGCCCAAACUUCAAAGGCAAGAGACUGCCCAGCCAAAACCUACCGAGGGCUGUCUACUUAGGUUAUUCGAAAGCCAAGUUUUCGACAUGUCCAUGGCGAUUUCUUACCUUUUCAACUCGAAAGAACCUGGUGUUCAGAGCUAUUUAGGUAACAAGUUGUUUAGUUUCCCAGACAAUGAUGUGGAUUUCUAUUUGCCGCAACUGGUUCUAAUGUACAUACAAUUAUACGAUGUUACCGAAGUCCUUUAUCCGUAUCUCGUCCAUAGAUGUAGACAGUCGGCAGAUUUUUCUUUAAAAUGUGCCUGGUUAUUGGAUGCAUAUAGUUCCGACGCUCAUCUACCAUCAAAGAAGAAGUCUCACGGGACCAAGCUCAAAAAUCUGAUCCUUUCAGAUGAACUAAGGCCAAAGGGAAUUCGAAAGCAUCGCGCAAUGGGUUUGCAAGUUCCCCUGCCACCGCCUUUGCCUUCUGCUCAAUGUGUAACUUCUCCUAACAAAAAAACCCACCAAAGAUCUCAGUCUGAUGCCACUGGACUCUUUCAAACUAUUCGUCGUAGCCAUUCCGGAUCAAUAAACAAAGUAAGCCUUGGCGACCUUAGUUCUGGUCGGGCGUUUGAUAAUGGAUGUACCUGUUUCGAUUCCUGCCAAGGAGUAGUAAAUGACUUACGAGGACAGAAGACUGACUGCUUCUGUAACGCACCCCGACUAGCACCCGAGUUGGAGUUCAUUCAGGCGUUAAUCUCGAUCGGUAAACUACUUGGAACCAUUCCCACCAAGGAAAGCAAAACCGUUCAACUCGUUGCAGAACUUAAUACUCUCAACUUGAAUCUCCCAGCAAGAGUCUGGCUUCCUUUGCACAGCACAGUUCCCCAUCACAUUGUUCGAGUUCCUCCGCAAUAUGCGGCAGUUCUCAAUAGUAAAGAUAAGGCUCCUUAUAUAGUUUAUGUCGAGGUCCUGGAGGUGGAGGAUCUUUACACUUCGCCAGUGCCAACUAAAAUUAUGGGUAGUUCGUUACGACAUACAAAAUCAGAGGAAAACUUGACGGGUGGCGAGCAAUCCAGUUCCUCCGGUCCAUCCAACCUUCCAAAUAUGGAGAGCCAACAAACCACACCCUCGUCUAUCGCGAGGCAAACUCCAGUCAAAAGUUUCGCUGCUUAUCCUUUAAAAAGUUCUGAUAUCGCAUUUAAUUUCCCUGAUGACGAUCCCAGCGAUUGCUGGAGUCAGGAGGAUGACGAAAUCACGCAACAGUAUUUGCAGCUUCACAAGCCGAGAGACAGAGACACGAUUUCGCAGCUGAGUCAGGAAUCUUCUGACAGUCGAGAGCCCAUCUUCAUUCCUGGAGAUAUAAAAAGGCGAUUGAGCGAAAUGGCCGCGACUCCCAAAACGACCUUCAAUCACGACCCAGAGGAUCCUUCAGCGGCGGUCCUUAAGGAACCUUGGGAGUUGAAACAAAAACGCAUAAGAACGUCGAGUCCUUAUGGACAUUUAGCUUCCUGGAGAUUGCUACCAGUUAUUGUAAAAUGCGGGGACGAUCUCAGACAAGAGCUUCUCGCCUCGCAGCUUUUGUCGAUGCUCUCGAAAGUAUGGCAGGACGAACACGUGCCUCUCUGGUUAAGACCUUACAAGAUACUGUGUCUUUCGAACGACAGUGGAUUGAUUGAGCCAAUCCUCAAUACCGUCUCAUUGCACCAGGUGAAAAAGCAUUGUCAGCUGACACUCUUGCAAUACUUUGAACGUGAAUUUGGUCCCGCAAAUUCAGAUGGUUUCCGAAUCGCUCAGAAGAAGUUUGUGCAGAGUUGUGCCGCCUACUGUCUGGUCAGUUAUUUGAUUCAAGUUAAGGAUCGACACAAUGGCAAUAUUUUGCUUCACACCGACGGACACCUGAUCCACAUCGACUUUGGUUUCAUCCUCUCGACGUCCCCAAGAAAUCUAGGAUUUGAGACGAGUCCCUUCAAGUUGACGCCCGAGUUUGUUGAAGUCAUGGGUGGAAAUCAUUCGCAGCUGUUCCAAGAAUUCAAGUCGCUCAUUCUCCAGGGGCUGAUUGCAGCUAGAAAACACAUGGACAAAAUCGUCAAUCUCGUUGAAAUCAUGAUCUCAGGAUCCCAGCUUCCAUGUUUCCGUAGUGGUGGCGCAGCGACUAUUCAGGGUUUGAAGAACCGAUUCCACUUAACCCUGACAGAGGACCAAUUGCGUCGACACGUAGAAGAUCUGGUCGAGGGCAGCAUUCAUUCCUGGUCCACGAAACUCUACGAUCGAUACCAGUAUUUUGCCAAUGGCACGCUUUAAUUGAAAUUCAAUCUCCUCUAGAUAGAACUAAUUCGUACUACAAAAAAAGCAACAAAAAAAAAAAAACAAAAAAACAAAGGAACAAUUACCAUUUUCGCCCUUGUCAUGAACGAUAUGAAAUUAAACCAUCUAUGUCUAAAUUCAGUAAACGUCCCUUCCGUGCUUUUGAAAUACACUUCAUAGCAUUCCAAAAUAAAUGUGGUUCACCGAGAAUCCGAAGGUUCACUUUGAUUAGAUUCAGAGAAUUUAGCUCGAAGUUGUUCCCUUAAGUUAAGGACAAAAAAAAACGAAUGUGUUCAUAUCGGAAUGAUUUUUGCUUUCGCAAUUGUGAUUGAAAAUUCGACUGAAUAAGCUCACCUCAAUUAUAACUGAUUAAAAAUAAAUUCUUACGAGUUUUGAAUCAGAAUUGUAGAUAAUGGUGUACUUGUUUGGAUAUCAGGAGGUUUUAAAUUGAAUUUAUGAGAAAAAGUGGUCGAAUUAAAUGCGUUCUUGCGUUUAGGAGGCUUCUAGUUUAUUACCUAGACUUCGGUAUUUAUAGUUUUUGUGUGCAUGGACGGAAGAGUGGAUUAGUGAAGCGUUUAAUCGCGGACUGAUUAUUGGAUUGCUAUGUCGUUGUAGUUUCUAAUAAUGUAAUUCGUUAAAGGUGCCUUAUUUAUGUAGAAAACGGUGAAAAAAAAUCAAAUCAAAUCUUAUAUACAGUGCGAAGUGAAGAAUGUGGUGGCUCACCGAAUUUGUCGACGUUCCGAGCAGGACAAUCUGUAAUUUGUAAAUAUAUGCGCAACUCAGAAACGAAAUUUCCCUUCGUUCAAUCGCUAGAUUUUCAGUAAUGUAAUUUAAAUGUAAUGUAAAGUCGAAGACAGAAAUCGAGUCUUAAAUUAAGUCGCCAACCCCGAAAUGUCGAGGGGAAACAGAAAAGAAAAAAAAUCUGGCACUCGAGAGGGGAGCCAAAUACUCAAAAUAUUUCCUACUUUAUAUAUACAUAUAUACAUACUAUAAUGUAUUCAUUGUAAGUCUUUAUUCGAAAGUUGCAAGUUUUUUUAUAUGUUCGUAAAAAAUAGUUCUUUUCUAGAUAUAAAUAAUAAUUAAGAGGAGCAAGUGCUGUAUCAGCUGCGCGAGUAAAACGAUUAUUAUUAAUUAUUUCACGGUAUUCUGCAUUACGUGUUUUAUCUUUUUUUCAGUAAGUAAAUUAUGAGGUGUUAUUGUACAUAUGCUGAAAAUUGAUUGUCUAGUGAAUGUGCGAAAGAAAUCAAAGUCGCCGCGAAGCCCAGAAGGCGAGAGACCUGGGCUAUCCGACUUCCAAGUGUCUUAUCUCUCUCCCUCUCCUACAGCGUCGUCGUAACCGUGUCUGGCGAGAGAAAAAGCUGAUCGGAAAUUCAUCAAGGAAACAUUCAAGUCUGGGUGUUUCCGGUCCGUUUUUAUUCUUUCGCUUGUUUGCGAGCUAUAAUAACUUUAAAUAAUUAAUAAAUAUGAAUUACAAGUAAAUGUAUUAAUUACUGCGAAAGUCGAGGGGUUGGCCUUUCCAAAUUUUCAGUGGAGAUCAGAAAUUUGCAAAUGGAAAACGAGUCAAGUGAAAGGGAAAAGAAUUUGAAAAAGACGAGAUAUUAAAACAAUGUUGAGAUAUGAAUUUUAUUCCUUUCGUGAGGAAAUUUUUCAGGAUUUUGGUGAUUUACACUGAAAUUGAAAAAUGGUGUGACCCCUAGAAAAAACCUAACUAAUUUAAAUCCUUUUUAAAUAACGAGAUGAUUGGACGGAAUUCGAUUCUUGGCUGUUUAAACAAAAAAUUGAUAAAAAUCGUUGAGAAUAAGCGUUGGAUGAUCGACGAAAGGAUCCACUUGUUGUUGACACGCUGCACCCAGAGUUGUACACUUUUAACGUUUUAAUUGAAAAAAUAUAUAUAAAUAUACUUUUGAGAAUGGACGAAUGUGUCUUUUAAACCUGGACGAAAGCUUCGAAUUCUUUCAAAAUAGAGAUGGCAUAGAAAGAAAGGUAUUCGAAGUUUGAAUGAAAUUUUAUAUUUGCAGGGUGCAACUCUGGAUGUUAUGAAUUUUGGGAAAGCGUGAUAUCUGUAAAUAAUAAAUAAUUGAGGAAAUAAGAUUUUAUUAGAAAAGUUGAUACUGCUUUCCAUGUUUAUAUUGCCUAUAUUCAAAUGUUAGUUUAUGAAUCUUUUUGUAUCUGCGAGGUAUCGGAAGCGUAGAUCCUUUUAAGACUGACUGGAUCCAGUCAAUUAUGUAUGAAAGUGGAAUAUCAUCCAGAGUUAUCGGAUAUUAGAGCCUCGAUUUUCAUUUUUCAUGAAGAAUUUUCUUUCGUCUGGAUUACGAUUGUCAUUAAUGUGUGAUAAUUACUUUAGUUUUGCACAAGCGAUUGUGCCUCUGGAAUUUUACCGAAUUCGUUCAUUCCGGUUUUAUUUUGUUAGCUUUCGAUAAUGGGAGGAUGAAGGGUGCGUGACAGUGGCAUGCAUUGGGAGUGUAAUCAUUUUGAAAACGCUUGUAGAAUAGCUUUGUAUCAAUAAAAAAUAAACCAUAAUGUAUACCAAAA